CGCACGUGUGUGUGCAAGGUCAAUACACCGCCAUUGUUGGCCAGUUUGCCUACUCGAGCUAUAAUAUUCCCUUCUCAAAAGUCGAUUGUAUUGUGAAUUCACAUUCACACUGUGUACUGUUUCGUGCCGGGCCGGUAUGGCCAUUGGGUCCAUUUCAUCUCCAUCAUUUUGACUCAUUGCAGUCGCAGCUGAAGAUAGAAGAACCAUCACGACUGAACGGUGAGAAAUAAAAACAAUCAUGAAUCUUAGACGAAGGAACAAACCAACUCGAGAUGUAGCCUCUGCUCAACACGCUCCAGCUACUGUAGAUGGUGGAUGGGCAUGGAUGGUGUGCUUUGGUGGUCAUCUAUGUGUGAUGUUGUCACCAGGUUAUCUUACUUCCCUAGGAGUACUCUAUAUUGAAUGGAAAGAAUACUUUGCAUUAUCUGCAGCAGGAUCUAGCUGGAUCGUCAGCAUACCAUUCCUGGUUGCUAGUCCAUUGUGUUUUAUAAGCGGUAUGAUUGCAACCAGGUUUGGAGUGCGUCGAGUAGCUAUGAUAGGAUCAGUAAUUAAUGGACUUGCCACUGUACUUGGAUCGUACUCAAGGAAUGUACAACAACUCUACCUCUGUGGUGUAAUGUCAGGGAUAGGAACUACCAUGGUUGUCACACCGGCGUUUAUAAUACUGUCCCAAUACUUUAAUGACAAGUUUGCACUUGCCAAUGGGAUUGUGAACGUAGGGGCCAAUGUUGGUCAGAUGAUCUUCUCUGCGUUGUUUCGUCAUCUUGUAGAUCAAUAUGGAUGGAGAGGCGCCAUGUUUAUAUUUGGAGCAAUUCAGCUAAAUGGCGUCGCUGCCAGUGCUCUUUUUAGACCCUUGAAGGCUAAACUUCCUGUAGUUUAUGAAAAUGUUUUAGAAAUGGAGACACUUGACGAUGCAGACACUAAACAAGCUAAAGAUGGAAAGGAAACUCAAUUGCAAAUCCUAAAGAGAAAUUUGAUGGUUUUUCGAAAUGUACCGGUCAUUAUGAUGCUUGUAGUUACCAGCCUGUAUGCAUGUGGUUUGAUGGUCAACCUCGUGCAUAUACCUGCACGGGCAAUGGAGGGCGGGGUCACAAAUGUCCAGAGUGCUUCAUUACUUACAAUGUUUGCAGUUGUGUCUUUGAUCACCAGAGCAACCCAUGGUUGGUUUGUAGAUAGAAACUACAUCAACUCCUUCACUCUACAACAGAUUGUAAUCUUAGGUAGCGCUGUGGCAACUUUCUUAAACCCUAUAUCAGACAGCUAUGCAUUCUUGGUUGGUAACUCUAUAGUUGUCGGUGCAUUCACUGGCAUUGGUUCUCCUUUAUUGAUAUACAAUGUGAGAACUUUGGCAAGCCCUGCUCAACUUCCCUCAGCUCUCAGCUUGAUUUCAGCAGUGUUUUUUCUCUUCGCGGGAACUGGAACACUGAUUGCAGGUGAGAUCUAUGACGCAACAGGGAACUACAUAGCUCCUUUCUUGGUUGGAGGUGGAAUGUAUCUGACAGCCUUUUGUAUUGUAUCCUUGUUGAUGUUCAUACGUCGACGGGGUCGGAGUGAAGUUGUCGAACGGCAGAUUUAAGAUGAACUCGAAGGUCAAGGGUUCGAAUCCCACCUGAGUAAUAUGCCUGUGAUUUCUUUCACAAAGUUUCAUUUAACGUUCAUGUAAGGAAGUUAUGUAUAAAAAACAUAGCGGACAUGGUGUGCACAGCAAAAACAGACCAGAUCUCCCCAUCUUGCCCGAUAUGGGAGCAGGAGUGGCCCUACUGAGUUCCUGUUAUGGAAGUACACCCUGCCCCUUUCCUAAAUUCCUCUACAGAACUCCUGAGAGUCCAAGCACACACACACUAUUAAGACACAACUAUAGCAAAGGUCCAAGAGAAACGUUUGUCCGCAUACAGGGUUCCAGACUAGACUGCACAUUCUUUGUGCUAUUUUUUGUAAGCGACAGCCGGCGCCCACCAACCACGUGAUGACAACCGACGCUCAUCAACCACGUGAUAACAGAAAACUGCCCCCCCCCCCUUUCGAAACUCUCUCAAUACACAGUUCUGAUGGCCACCGUGCGGACGGUUGUAGCUUUCUCCGUGUGCUAAUUAUAUAUUGCUUUAAAUUGAUACGUUAUAGACAAUAAUUACCCUCUGCCAAACUUUAAUUUAUUUUUUUGUCUUUUGAAUAGGUAGUUUUAUUUAUUAUUUCUAGAUAUAUGUUUCUACUUUUGUUAUUUGUAUUUAAUAAAGAUCAUUGUGUAGAGUAUUUAGAAAA